AUGAAAACUUCAAUUUUCUUCGCUGCCGCCGCUUCUGCCGGUUCAUCGGGAGUUUGGUCCUCUCCCGAUCGUCGAGCUUACCGAUACGAGUUCUCCCAGGCUGUUGGUCCGGAUGAAGUUCUGGUGAUCAAUAUCCAGGAUUUUGAUAUCAAGAGCGAUUUCAAUUGCCGCUACAACUACUUUUCCAUCAACGGCGACAAAUACUGCAACACAUCUUUUGAAUCUGCAUACGCCGACGACUCCGGUUCCGAAUACACAACAAUGCAAACAUCCACCGUCGGCUGGACCACCGCCACCGCUGCAAGUCUCAAUCUCAGCGAAUUCGACACGAUCUACGUCACCGAGGACCUGCACGCGAAAAUCUCCGUCGACGGAAUUUACAAAAGCAGGGGAUUCGUCAUCAACUACGAAGUCGUCGAUCUCUGCUCGUUGAAUGCUUAUGAUCAUGACGUUGUUGCGAAACAAAAGCGAAACUGCUAA